GGGCAGGGAGCACACCGCAGCAAAACAGCCGACGACAACGAUAACGUUGAAGACGAAAACGACGACGGAAACACGGAAUUUAUCUAGUGCCGUGAAAAACGACGAUUAUUAGCUGCAUUUGUUUAGCAAAAGCGGUCAGCAUCCAACUCGGUGCAACAAUCUCACAAAACUUUCAUUCGGUCGCCAUCGCGUGGUUUGUGUGCCACCCUCCCGAGUGCGCAGUGCAGUGCCGACGGUGUGCGUGUUUUUGUGUUCUACGUUCGCGCGCGCGUGUGUGUGUUUGUGUAAGUGUGAAUGUGCACGUGUGUGUGAUUGUGCAAAAGUACAAUCCCAUUUCCUAGGUGCACAAUCAUCCAUCAGGGGGUACCAGGUGCAAGUGCAGCGUCAGCAGGACAACCAUAAAAACAACGGUGAGGUAAAAGAAGAAAAACGUAACACAAAAACUUUCGGUGAAAUAAACGCAGCAAUCACGAGACGAGUGCAGCGCCGGGCAGGAGUGACCAAAUUUUCACGUACAACAUGCAGCAACCGAGAUACAGUCCGGCACCGCCGCCACCGGUUACGAUACGUCCGCAGAUGGCCCCGAGACAUCAGGCAGUACCAAACGGAAGUACUACAGCAGCGCCUCGUAGCGCCUACCCUGGAGCACCACCGCCUGCACCGGCCACACUAAAGGGUGCCCAGCGACCCGCUAUGACUAGUCCGGCCAGCGGCAUUCCCGGUGCACCGUACAGAGGCACUGCCUGGACGCAGGGUUACGCCCCAACACAACCAACCUACCGAUACACUGCGCCGCAGACCUAUGCAUAUACACCACACACGACGACCCAGUACGGACAGCGUGUGCCGACAGCAGCGUCGCCCAGCAACACGAACUCGAGCAGCUCGUCCAACACCGGUUCGCAGAGCGGCACCCUGAGCACGAGCCUGAGCAACACGACCAACACAAACAACACGAUGGGUCCUAGCAACACGCCACAGCAGACGGAGCAGCUGUCCAAAACGAACCUCUACAUUCGCGGCCUGCAACAGGGCACGACCGACAAGGAUCUUGUCAACAUGUGUGCACAGUAUGGUAACAUCAUCUCUACAAAGGCAAUAUUAGAUAAAACAACAAACAAGUGUAAAGGAUACGGAUUUGUUGACUUCGAGUCGCCAUCGUGUGCCGAGGGUGCCGUCAAAGGGCUUCAAGCGAAGGGCAUCCAAGCUCAGAUGGCCAAAGUGGGUAUCUGGGUGCUACAUAGGCCGGCCAUUCAACAGGAACAGGAUCCUACCAAUCUGUACAUCGCGAAUCUUCCCUUGAACUACAAAGAGACGGACGUUGAAAAUCUGCUGUCCAAGUACGGCCAGGUCAUCUCGACCCGAAUUCUGCGCGAUCAGAAUGCACAGUCGAAAGGUGUCGGCUUUGCACGGAUGGAAUCACGGGACAAGUGUGAACAGAUUAUUCAGAUUUUCAACGGUACACAGUUGCCGGGCGCCAAGGAACCGCUGCUGGUGAAGUUUGCCGACGGUGGCUCGAAGAAGAAGAACCCGUUCAAGAGCCCGGAUCCGAACACGCGAACCUGGCGCGAGGGUGCGGAAGGUAUACCGGUUACCUACGAUCCGAACAUGCAGCAGAACGGAAUCGGUGUCAAUGUCGGUACGCACAUCAACAUGCCGUACAGAGGGUUCAGUACACCGCAGGUCGGAGGCUAUGCCGUGCCCGGUUCCCAGUGGGUGCCAAGCUACAUGAUGACACAGGCGAUUGCACCGGUCGAGGAGCAGCAAUACGUUCAGGUUCCCGCUUCUCACCUGAGCGUGGGUACACCGUACAAGACGGAUGGUGUGACGCCGGUGCAGCCACGCGGUGUCUCGAUGAUCAUGUCCAGUGAUAAUCCAGCAGCCGUCCAGUACGGCAUGAUGCCACAGCUGGCAACACUGCAGAUUGGCUCCUCGCCGAUCCUAUCUCUCCCGCAGCAGCAGUACAUCAGCCCAACCUAUCCGUACUAUCCGACCCAUCCGACGUCGGUAAUCCACACGCUCCAGAUGGGCGAUACGGAACAGGCAAGCACAGCCGCUUCACCCGACGAAGCAUACACCACGCAGUAUCAGCACGCUCCGAAGUAGAUCUUUACACCGACAGCAGAGAUCACACCCCGGAUGAGCCAGCCAGCCCUCCCGUAGCCAAGACACACCAUCACCACCACCACCACCAACAACAACAACAACCACAUCCGUCACCAUCUUUGAAAAAAGCAACAUGAAAGGGUAACAUGAAUGAAUGAUCGAUAUCCGUGAUCGACAGCCACUAGCAGCGUGUGUGUGUGUGUGCAACACAAAACAACAAACCCAGCUCCUUCGUCUUUUUUACCGCACGCGGUGAGUUAGAUUGCGGUAAUCCGACAAACGCGUACACCUUGAUCAAACGCUUCAACGUCGUUUUUGCGUGUGGUAGGCGGCGCCACGUCUAGCAGAGCCAAUGUUUCUUCACACAAACGAAGAGUCGCGUGUAUAUUGCUAACUAAACGUGUAGCAUCGCAACCAGAAUCGAGCAGACAUUUACAGUGUCCUCCUACCACACCGAAUCGAUAGGACGUCCAUAGAUGCAUCAUUGCCAGGAAAUGAUAAUUUGUAACAUCACAAGGAAGAAAUACAUCACAUUCUUGCGCAUAAGGAUAGUAAGACUACAAGCAACCAAUACAUCACACGUAUGAUCUGCUUACGAAAUGUAAGUGCACUCGAUUCUUGCAUGAUCAUUCAAGCAAGCAUCGAGAAAUACCAAAUAAGACGCGAGAUAAAGGUAGACAAUGCUGGGCUGGGAACCAACGGCCACACUCAGAGAUUAUUGGAAGCGCCACCGAACACACAGUGCACGGAAAGUGCACUGCGAAUGGUAGAGAACAGUCUGUCCCGCAUCAUGGUAGGCCAAAUGAAUUAAGAUACCUCAAACUGAACGAUAACGGUUCGAUUGAAGUUGCAAGUCGAACUCGCUCGAGACCGCUGGUGAAUGUGCAAUUUACCGUGCAAAGUGUGCAAGAGAGAGAGAGAGAGAGAGCUGAUAUGUUUUUUAAGCGAGCAGCAAUGCGUACGAACGAAUAACCUAAACGAGUUUAACGAGAAGUGAGAACAUGAAUGGUAAAAAGCGAUAAGACACGAACCUCACGAACCCAGUGGCUGUAGAUCGUCCCCAUGCACCCGAAUGACUGAUGAUUAGCACUUUACCUGUUUUUUCUUUUUGAUUGCAUAGUAGACGAAACUAAUAAUUGGAGCGUUUGCAUAGGUGAACACACUCACACACGCACUGGAACAUUUCUCUCUGAGGCUGCCAUAAAAUGUAGCACAUUUGAACCUGUUCGCAAACUCAUUUGUUUGCAGUCCCGUUUGCAAUCUGUGCAAAUCGUAAUUCAAGUGGUCGUUCGAAUGUAUUUUGGCAUCACUUCAUGCUCCUCAGUUGAGGUGGUUUAGCAGAGGAUAAUAGCACUGCUGUUGCCACGUUGCGAUAUGGGGAAAGUUUGGACGAAAUGUUGCAAUCGUGCCUGAUCGUGCACGAAGACUGUCAAAGUGAUCACCAGUGGGUACGCAAAACAAGAACUGUGUUGUAAAUCGAUAUAAAAGGCAUACCCGAAGGGUAACGAAGCUUAGCCUUUAUAUGAUCAUCCAAAGAAGAAUAAGAAGAAAAAUGAGAAAAGAAAAAAGGCUUAGAACACGGAAAGCCUUUGCACUAAACCCGAUGCAAAGUCUUCGAAUUGUAACGGGAACGAUCGUGUUUUUUCCCCCAAUUAAUAUUGCGAAAGGAAGCGUACAGCGUGUCGAUCUUACUUGCAAAACGGUAGUGGUUAGGCUACUCCCGGUGUGUGUGUACGUGUUUGGCAUAUUUUGCCAACCACAACCAACAACCAACAACCCCUUUUUCCCGCAACCCUAGGGCAAACAAAACGAGGGCGGGUGUGCGAUUGCGUUUUACAAAUCCACCAUACGCCUCCGUUUUCGUUCUGUUUUGUUUUUGUGGGAAUUUGUUCUUUCCCUGCCGGAUGGAUGUGUUGCUCGAUUUUAGUAGAGUUAAUUUUAAUUUAUUGUUUUCUUUAUUUUUGUUUUCCAUUCCCUGGGAAAUGUGUUUUUUUUUGUCUUUGUUAAUUUAAAGCGAAAAGUAAGGAAGUAGCUGGGAAGGGAAAUGCAUUAGUGUAAGACGAUAAUGGGAUGGGAUGGGACGAUUCGUAGGGAAUGGGGGCAGAGGGAAGCUCGAAAGUGAUGUGCGGAUCGCAUCUAGGCAAAUGAAGAAAGGCGCUGAGGGCGCAGUCUGAGAGCGGAAGCUGAAAGCGUAAGAACUAGUUUAUAUUUUAGUCUCGUAGAACGAAUGAUUUAAUUGCGAAGAAUCAGGAGACAAAAAGGGGAUCCUGCUCAUUGGUCGAAGAUAAUGAUACACUCGUUUGUUUGUGGCAUGCAAACCUCAAUGAUGGAGAGGGACGAUUUAGUCGAAAGUGUUGGGCGCGAGAAGGAGUAGAUCAAUCGAAAAAAAAAAACGCGAAACUCGAAAGCAGUAGAGUCAAUCCCCCGCGACAACACGGAUAUGCGCGCCCAUUACGUGCUAGCUUGAUAAGAUUAGUUUUUAGGAGUGUUUAGUACGUUAAGUAGGAUUUUUCGAAGGACUCCCCACACUCUUCCCUCGUGGUGCGCUUUAGUGCACGUUAUUGUUUUUCUCCCCUGCGUUCCACUGAUUAUUACAAUUCCUUAUCACACUCUUCCAUGUUCGCAAUGCCCCACCUAGCGUGGGUGCGGGGUGUGGCAUUCCGCAAUUGAUUGUUAUAUUUUCUUCUUCUCAAUUUGGUCACAUUCUGCGUACUGUUUCAGCAGCGCGCUUGAUACCGUUUGUUUUUUGUUUCUGUUUGUCCUUGGUGUGAUUGUGAUAGCGCAUAAAAGCCGAUGAAAAUGAAAAUCAGUUCUUUGCGGAAAAAUGAAUCUAAAGCGAAGGCUCUAACGAUCCGUAGACGUGAGAUCUAGUGCAAAACGGAAAGCAUGGAUUGAAUUGUGCAAAUGAAAAGCUUCCAAAAACAUUUCACACUGACCAUUUGUGUGUACGUUGUCGAACGACGCGUGUCACUUCCCUCUUUUUUUGUUUUGUUUUCGUGCACUUCAUGCCCGGCACCGUUGCAAGCAAUCGCUUGCAUCCGGGGCCAGAAUAUAUAAGAUCAGAUACGGGCCAGAGAUCAAUUUUCCAAGCUCUCCUUCCCCUUGAACAGUGGGUGUUUGAUUAGUAGUGAGUGAAUUCGGAUGAGCUUCAUCCAAAAAGUAAGGGACGCGAUGUCCAAGGCGCAGCGCGUAACAAAAUGGCGGAUAAUAAACGGAUCAUGAGUAGAACGAGAA